AAGCGUGGCCAGCGAGCGGGCGGGGCGGCCGGGCCCGGAGCUCAGGGGGCGGCGGCGCGACUUCGCUGGCCCGGGCGCGCUCGUGUGGCGGAGUCGGCGCUCGGCCGGUAGGGGAGCGUGAGCCUGGGAGAUGGCAGUGAUGGAAGUGGCCUGCCCCGGAGGCCCUGCCUCCACAGUGGAGCAGCAGAAGGAGCUCGCCAAAGCCCAGGAGAAGACACAGGUGCUCGGGCAGAAGCUGGAGGCCGUGGGCAGGAGCCCCGUGUUCUGCGGAAAAUGGGCCAUCCUGAACGACGUGAUCACCAAAGGCACUGCCAAGGAGGGCUCUGAGCGGGGCCUGGCCGCCGUCUCCAUCAUCGCCCAGCCAGAGUGUGAGAACAGCCAGGAGUUCAGCCCCACCUUCUCAGGAAGAAUCUUCAUCGCCGGCUCGAAGCAGUACAGCCAGUCGGAGAGUCUCGAUCAAAUCCCCAACAAUGUGGCCCAUGCGACCGAGGGCAAAACGGCCCCCGUGUGUUGGAAGGGAAAGCGUCGCAGCAGAGCCCGGAAGAAACGGAAGAAGAAGAGCUCGAAGUCCCUAGCAGAAGCCGGAGUGGCCUUGGCCAAGCCCCUGCCCAGGACCCCCGAGCAGGAGAGCUGCACGGUCCCAGUGCAGGAGGACGAGUCUCCGCUAGGUGCCCGGUACACCAGACACGGCCCCCAGUUCACCAGGCCUCUGAAGGACCCAGGCUCAGGCCACCUCUGCUUUAAGAAACUGGACGAGGGCCUGCGGCCAGUGCCGCCACGACCGGAACUCCACAAGCUGAUCAGCCCUUUGCAAUGUCUAAACCAUGUGUGGAAACUGCACCACCCCCAGGACGCGGCCCCCCUGCCCCGUCCCGCCCGCCCCUUCCCCUACAGCAGACUGCCCCAUCCCUUCCCCUUCCACCCUCUGCAGCCCUGGAAGCCUCACCCCCUGGACUCCUGCCUGGGCAAGGUGGCCUGUGCACAAGGCCAGCAGCCCCUGCCUGCCCCGGCCCUGGGCAAACCGGGCUGUGGGGACAGUCCGAAGCUGCUCCCCGGCCCGCCCCAUGAGCCCACCUGCCUGGCUCAUACCCGGGAGAAGUGCUCUGUGGAGGAGUACCUGACACACGCUCUGCGUGGCAGCGUGAGCUCUGGCCGGGCCCGCAGCCUGGCCACCCUGGCCAAGACCUGGGCGGGCGGCCCCGGGCCCCAGAGGCCUAGCCCUGAAACCGAGGACAACGAGGGGGUGCUGCUUAGUGAGAAACUCAAGCCAGUGGAUUACGAAUACCGAGAAGAGGUGCACUGGGCCACCCACCAGCCCCGCCUGGGCAGAGGCUCCUUCGGAGAGGUGCACAGGAUGAGGGACAAGCAGACAGGUUUCCAGUGUGCUGUCAAAAAGGUGCGGAUCGAGGUGUUUCGGGCAGAAGAGCUGACGGCAUGUGCAGGACUGAGCUCGCCCCAAAUCAUCCCUCUGUAUGGCGCAGUAAGGGAAGGUCCUUGGGUCAACAUCUUCAUGGAGCUGCUGGAAGGUGGCUCCCUGGGCCAGCUCAUAAAGCAGAUGGGCUGUCUACCAGAGGACCGAGCCCUCUUCUACCUGGCCCAGGCGUUAGAGGGGCUGGAGUACCUGCAUGCCCGAAGGGUUCUGCACGGAGACGUCAAAGCUGACAACCUGCUCCUGUCCAGCGAUGGGAACCGCGCAGCUCUCUGCGACUUCGGCCAUGCUGUGUGCCUGCGACCCAGCGGCCUGGGGAAGUCCUUGCUCACAGGUGACUACAUCCCAGGCACAGAGACCCACAUGGCCCCGGAGGUGGUGCUGGGGAAGCCCUGUGACACCAAGGUGGACAUCUGGAGCAGCUGCUGCAUGAUGCUGCACAUGCUGAAUGGCUGCCAUCCCUGGACCCAGUACUUCCGAGGGCCGCUCUGCCUCAAGAUUGCCCGUGAGCCCCCACCCGUGAGGGAGAUCCCAGCUUCCUGCGGCCCUCUCACUGCCCAGGCCAUCCGGCAGGGCCUGAGGAAGGAGCCUGUCCAACGCGCGUCAGCCGGGGAGCUGCUGGGGAAGGUGUGUGGGGCACUGCAGCAAGUGGGAGGUCUGCAGAGCCCCUGGAGGGGAGACUGUAAGGAGCUGAGACUCCCGACAGACCAGGCCGCCCGCCGCCCAACCCCAAGUGCCCCGCUGCGGGAGUGCCCACCCCCGGAGGACGACAUGGGCCUGGGCCUGUCCCCAGAGCUUCAGCCACCGCCGCCACCAGAGCCCCCAGAGCAGAACGUGUCUCCCACCCUGCAUCUGAGCGAGGACGACUCUGGCCCCUGGGAACCCCUGCCUCUGUCCUCCCUGGACCCAGUCCCGGCUAGGAGCUCGGGCUCGCUGGAGCGGAGAGCAACCCUCCCUGACCUGGAGCUGCAGCAGCUGGAGAUAGAAUUGUUUCUGAACAGCCUGUCCCAGCCUUUCUCUCUGGAGGAGCAGGAGCAGAUUCUCUCGUGCCUCAGCAUCGACAGCCUCUCCCUGUCAGACACCACUGAGAAGAACCCAUCAAAGGCCUCUCAGAGCUCGAGGGACACCCUGAGCUCUGGCGUCCACUCAUGGGGCAGCCAGGCAGAGGCUCGGAGCUCCAGCUACAGCGCGGUGCUGGCCCGGGGACGACCUGCCGACACCCCCAGCUACUUCAAUGGAGUGAAAGUCCAAAUACAGUCUCUCAAUGGCGAACACCUGCACAUCCGAGAGUUCCACCGGGUCAAAGUGGGAGACAUCGCAACUGGCAUCAGCAGCCAGAUCCCAGCCACAGCCUUCAGCUUGGUGACCAAAGACGGGCAGCCCGUUCGCUAUGACAUGGAGGUGCCAGACUCGGGCAUCGACCUGCAGUGCAUGCUGGCCCCCGACGGCAGCUUUGCCUGGAGCUGGCGGGUGAAGCAUGGCCAGCUGGAGAACAGGCCGUAGCCCCGCCCCCCACCGCCGCUCCACUGACGAAGCAGCAGCGUCCUCGGUGCCCAGUGCUGCCCUGCAAUGAGCAGCCUGCUUGGGGUCUGCCAUCCCCUGGGAGCAAGUGAAAUGCCACCCAGGCUUCAGGCCUGAGCCAGCCCGCCCUGCCCUCCGUGUGAGGAAGCAACGACAGGAGGACUACCGCCAAGGGGCCCAGGGCUGGGCGAGCCACAAGGGCCUGCACUCCGCUCACAGGACCGGGGCAGCCCUGGGCCUGGCCUUGGGCUCGUGGGAGCCCCAAUCCCUAGCCGAGUUCUGGCCUUCAGCCCCUUUGGGGUGGAGGAGAAAGGAAGGGCUGCCGGCCUGGGAGGGCGCCUUGGUAGAACUGCCACAUCAAGAGUUGCAGCAGAGGCUCUGCAUCGACCUCCAGUUCAGCCAAGGACCAGAGAAGGUGCAAGGGAAGCAGUUCUCGGUCCCCACGCAUGGCACGUGCCCUGCGCUGCUGGCCCCACUGCUGCCCAGACGCAGGGCCCUGUCUGUGAGUGCAGGUGACAGGAGUGGUCUGCAGACGGGGUGCAGUGGGCAGGUGCAGAUGCCUGCUCAGCACCAGCGUCCACUCACUGCCCUGCCUGCCCUGGCACGGAGGGCCACUGCCAGCCGCACUUUACACUCUGAUGACCUCACAGCACUCUCCUGGCUGCCCACCAGGACGGCGGUGGCCCUGCAUGGCACAGCAGGCCACAGUCUGAGCUCGUGUCCCUCCAGGAUCCCCCACACUGGAGACGAGCACCCUCCCCUGCUCCCGGGAGCCGCUCAGCACUCGUGUAGCAUUAAACCAACUGUGAAUCAAGAGACACUUGUCCCAUGCCAAGCCAAGCCAAGGUGGCCUCUGUCCAGCUGUUCGCAUGCAGCCAGUCUGCUCCAGUGAGCAGCCCUGGCCCAUCUGAGGGCCCAGCCCUGCAGUGUGUAGGUUGCAGAGCUAUGAGGAAUAAAAUGUGGGGGUUGACAAGUUCCUCAGCCCAGGCGUCUGGCCUGCCUGAGCCGGUGGUGGGUAUUUAGGUCCCCGUGCAGGGAAGGUCAGCCACUCCCAGGGUACCAAGGCCUGCAGGCUUGGCCACAGUGGGGUGCAGGCAAUGACCAGCUGCCCCUGAGCGACUGCCCGGGUGUGACAGCUUCCGGGAGCGGGGCCAGGACAUAGGGUGCCUCGCGCCCUCUCUCAACCGCCCGUUCCUUGAGGGGUUGGGCAGUGGCCCUGGGCCCAGAGUGCAGACAGAAGCCCCUGGCAGCAGGGUCACAGCAGGGAUGUCACUGAGGCGGUGGCCUCACGGGUGCCAGUGCCGCCUCCCAGCCAAAGAGCGCACUGGAGGCCCCGGGGAUGCAGCCUCAGCCGGCGUGGGGCACACAGGUAGGGCGCGGGACCAUGGUCACCAAGCGCACGCCAUGGGAGGCGUCGUCCCCACCCCAGCUAAACUCGGCGUGUGCUCGGGGCCCCUGUGCAGGAGCCCGUGCUCUGUGGCUCGGAAAUAACAUGGGUUGUCCCAAACUGCAGCUAAUCCUGGGAAAUCAUAUCCAGUUGCCCUUGGUGCUUAGUGCUUUCGGGAGCAGCAGUCUCCUCCUGCCAUGCUUUCCUUGUGCAAGUGGGCUUGCACCUCUGUGCCAGGUCCCCCCCCAGGCAGGCCUCAGACCGCCCCUGAAAUGGCUUUUGCUUGGGACAUCUCUCUGAAGGAUUUGAGCCAGCAUUAAAUAUGUGUCACGCAGCAACCACCAGAGAACCUCGUGCCUGCCAGUGUUCACAGGGACCCUGUUCACAGGGACCCUACAUCAGUUCUGCCACUGACAGGGCGGUGGCUACCAGUCCAGUCCAGACGGUGGACAGCUCAGUUUGUCAGCAGAGGAGACAAGAUUUGAGUCAGGUUUUCAGACCCCGAGGCACAGAAGAGCCCUCGAGCUCAGGGCUGGAGAGCAGGACUCCAAGAGAUGGAAGAAGGCAGAGCCAGGACAUGCAGCACCUCUGAGGCCCCCGAGCUGCCUGGCCAGAGACAGGGGGAGGGGCCCCGGUCCUGGGGCUGUGGCUGCCCUGGUCUGGCUGGAGGCUGGGCUGCUUCGGGCAGCACAGUGAUCAGCAUCAGGGUUCGGAGCCAGGCAGUCCUGCUCUAGGGGCAGCAACUGCUUUCUGAGGGGAGUCGGGGCCUACAGUGCCCAGAGCGGAAGGAGGCCUAGCUCUGGGUGGACAGAGAAGCGGGCUGGUGCCACAGGAGGCGUCCAAGGUCAGCAUCAGAGGUGGAAGGUCAGAGGCUGCAGACGAGGAGGCAUGGACACGGCUUCCUGGCAAAGGGAAAGGACACAGGCUGAGCUGGGGAGUGGGGGGGUCCAGAGAUGAGCGACCGGCAAGGGAGACGCGUGGCACGCAGAGCCGGGUUGCCCUGCCACAGUCCUAAUGAACAGGGUGUAAAUGAGGUGAGAUGCCGCACACCUAGCACUCUGGCAGGCUGAAGCAGGAGGACUGCAAGUUCAAGCCCAGCCUGGGCAACUUACUGAGACCCUGCCUCAAAAUUUUAAAAAUGGUAAAGAAAUCUAGGGUAAACCACAGGGUUUGGCAGAAUAAGAAAAAUAAGAAUUUUGUUUCUCUGCAAAGACAUUUGCUGAGCAUCCACCUUGGGCCAGAUGCCCUGCUGGAGACAGAUGCAAGGGAGCCACCCACACGUGCCCCAGGGGUUAGGGUUAGGGGUCCCCACAUGAGCAGCCCUCACUCAGUGUGGUGGGUGGGAACCCAGAAACCCCCAUCAUCAGAAUGGGACUCCAGGAGCAUGGGGGGGGCAGCACACGCCCCCAAGGCUUCGCAUUUGGAGCAUAGCCGAUUCCAGUCCCUUUGAGGAAAAAUGUACAGGCAGCGGCCAGAGCUGAGGAUGGGGGGAAUAGGAAGCGGAGCCCUGAAGGCAGUGUGGGCAGGGCUGGCUUUGCUCGCGGCCUUAUUGUGAGCCCCACUGAGUGCCUGGCCGGAGCUGAGGCUCGGCGCUUCUUCCAGCCUCAUCAGAGAACACAGGCCACAGCUCAAGAGCACGGAACAGCUCAUUUGGUGACGGAAACCAAGGGUCCCCACAGACAGCCCCCGCUACUCACUGAGCAGCACUCUGCCCCUCUGUGAGCUCCGGCAAGCUCCCGGGUGGCCUAGGUGUGAGCACUGUCACCAGGAACCUCACCCUUAUAAGCUGAAUGCACUUAGAUUUCUAUUUUCCAACUUUCAACGCUGAGGCCGUGCUUGAGCGCCCCUGCCUUUCUACCUCUCUCCAGCUUUCCUGCUUGCUUUCUACCUCCCCCAAAUUCUAGCCCAUAUUUUUAUUUUUUAAAUAUCAAGGUUGGUAACAUUUACAUUGUCCUAUGUAUCAACCAUGUUUCCAAGUAUUGUUUACAUGUGGACUGUAAAAAUUGACAGUUAAUGUAGAGGUUUUAAGUUAUUGUGACUGUUGUUCACUGCAGAGGCCAGGGAGCUGCUGCAGUUGCUUUUUCUUUCCUAUGCAGCUUUUUGGUUUUCCUGGGACUUCUGAUUGCCUUUUUUCCUACACCUUUUGGUUUCAUCAUAGUGCUUCUUCAAGCGUUUCUUCUAGUCAAGUAUUCUAUCAUAUUUUCUUGUUUCAGACCACUGCCUGAACCCUCCGCUCUCCUGCCCCAAGUCCGACCUGGCUGUCGGCCUCUGUGCAGUUCACAUGUGGGAGGGGCCCUUGCUGGGAUGAAGGAGCCACUGUCUUCCUGGUUCCCCUGGUCACACAUUCAUUUUGCUUCAACACAUCCUCAAGUAAUUUCUUAAAGAAAGAGAAGUAAAUUUUCUCUGACUUUCCAUGUUUGAAGUGAUAGUUUGGCUAGAUAUAAAAUUCUGAGGUAAAAACUAUUUUUCUCAGAAUUUUAUUUUGUUGUUGUUGUUGUUUUAUUUGGUACCGGGGAUCGAACUCAGGUCCUGGAGCUUGCGGAGCAGGCGGCGAGACCACUGAGCUAAAUCCCAGGCCUGUUUCUCAGAAUCUUAAAGGCACUCAAUUGUUGCUAAUUCUUCUGCCAGUAUGAUUUUCCUCCCCUUGUAGGUCACUGGGUUUUCCUUUUCUGAAACAUUUGGGACUUCUUUGUUCCUGAUGUAAUGGACUUUUCAAGCAAGGGUCUUAUGAUAUCUAUGGUGUUCUUUUUUUUUUUUUUUUUUUGCGUGACAAAGUCUUUACUUUUACUAGUAAAUGAUUAUCAAUACACCAAAUAAUAAGUAACAAGUUCUUAAGUCCUAUCAUCUAGUAAAUUUUUUUGUUUUGUUUUGGUUUGAGACAAGGUCUCACUAAUGGUCCAAGCAGGCCCAGAUCUAACUAUGUAGCCCAGGCCAACCUCAAACUUGUGAUCCUCCUGCCUCAGCCUCCCGAGUGCUGGGAUUAUAGGCGUGCACCACCACACCUGGCUCAUCUAGUAAUUUUGGUUAAGAUAAGCUAAGCGCAGCCCAAGCAAGUAUACUAGUAUUAGCUGUUCUAAUCCUUCCUCAAAAUAUACUACUUUAAGGCUGGCUGCUGCAUAAUA